AAUUUCUAUUGCAUUGACGCUGUUAUUUGUGUUAGUUUUGUGUGCCUUGUUGUCUGUGCUUUGUGACGCACCAAUUCAGUGCAUUUUUUCCAGCAAGGAAAAUUGUGAUAUAGCAGGUCAGGAGGAUGACUGCUCUAGUGUACUGUUCAUUGAUUGCGGUUUUGUGUCUUUGUGGAUACUUAAAUGCAACAGAUGUUACUCCAGGACAAACUGCAGUAAAGCCAGGAGAGUGUCCACCCCAAACACCUGGAAGCUCCUGUACCAGGUUAUGUGACUGUGACUCUAGCUGUCCUGACAAUGAGAAGUGUUGCAGCAAUGGAUGUGGACGUUCCUGUACAUCUCCUUAUACAGUGAAGCCGGGUCAAUGUCCCAAAACGAAGAGCGUUCCAGGAUGUGCUGAAAGCUGUUUCCAUGAUGGCCAGUGUCCUGCCGCACAGAAGUGUUGCCCAACCACCUGUGGCCAUGUAUGUAGUGAACCAGAUGAUCAGGAAAGUGAUGAGGCAAGUGGUCAGGGAUACGGAGGUGGUUAUGGACAAGGAAGCGGUCAGGGUUACGGAAGUGGUCAGGGAAGUGGUCAGGGUUAUGGAAGUGGCCAGGGAAGUGGUUACGGCCAGGGAAGUGGUUAUGGCGAGGGACGUGGUCAGGGUUUCGGAAGUGGGCAGGGAAGUGGUUACGGCCAGGGAAGUGGUCAGGGGUACGGAAGUGGUCAGGGAAGGGGGUACGGAAGUGGUCAGGGAAGUGGGUAUGGUCAGGGAAGUGGUCAGGGUUUCGGAAGUGGUCAGGGAAGUGGUUACGGCCAGGGAAGUGGUUAUGGCGAGGGACGUGGUCAGGGUUUCGGAAGUGGGCAGGGAAGUGGUUACGGCCAGGGAAGUGGUCAGGGGUACGGAAGUGGUCAGGGAAGGGGGUACGGAAGUGGUCAGGGAAGUGGGUAUGGUCAGGGAAGUGGUCAGGGUUUCGGAAGUGGUCAGGGAAGUGGUUACGGCCAGGGAAGUGGUCAGGGGUACGGAAGUGGUCAGGGAAGUGGGUACGUG